CGGGGCGGAUCGGAGCGGACCGGACGGGCCCGGAGCCGGGAUGGAGGCGCCGCCCGCACCCCCCAGCGUUCCCCCCGCUCCGUGCAGCGCUGCCCGCAGCCUGCAGGACGAGCUGACGUGCCCGGUGUGCCUCGAGUACUUCAACGACCCGGUGCUGGUGGCCGAGUGCGGGCACAACUUCUGCCGCGCCUGCGUGACCCAGUGCUGGGAGGACUCCGCUCGCCGCCUCUGCUGCCCUCAGUGCCGGGAGCCGGUGCCGCAACGGCUCUUCCGCCCCAACCGCUCCCUCGGGAACAUCGUCCACAUCGUCCGCCAGCUCGGCUUACCGCCCAGCCCCGCCGAGCCGCCGCCGGGGCCUCCCGCGCCCUCGCCGCCGCUGCCCGCCGCCGCUCCGCCCGGCCCGCCGGGCCCUCCGCGCUGCCCUCGCCACGGGGAGCCGCUGCGGCUCUACUGCGUGCAGGACCGCCGCGCCGUCUGCGUUGUGUGCCACCUGUCCCGCGAGCACCGGACCCACACCGUGCUGCCCGCCGAGGAGGCGGCCCAUGCCCCGGAGGAGGUGCCCCAGGAGCACUUGAGCUCCCUGAGGAAAGGGCGUGAAGAAGCCAAAGCGGAGAGGGAGAGACAGAGCGAGGACUUGCUGAAGCAAACAGAAGUGGAGAGGCAGAAGAUCGUGGCCGAGUGCAAGGAGCUCCGGGGCUUCCUGGAGGAGAAGGAGCAGCUCCUGCUAUCCCGCUUGGAAGAGCUGGACAAGGACAUCGUGAGGAGGAAGGAGGAGAGCGUGGCCCGGCUCUGCGAGGAGAUCGCCCAGCUCGACAAGCUGCUGGCUGAGCAGGGGGCAGAGAGCAGCCCCGGGGGCCAGCCCGGGCAGGUGGGAGCCAUGGCCUUUGAGAGCUGGAUGUUCUGCAAGCCCGAGGCUGGCUUCACCGAGCUGGAGAAGAAACUCAAGAGCUUCUCCCAGAAGAGUGCAGUGCUCAAGGAGGUCUUGCUGGAGUUCAAGGAGAACCUCAGGUUCGAGCUGGAGAACGACACAGGUGAUCUCUCCCUGGACCCGGACACAGCCAACCCCUACCUGGUGCUGUCGGAGGACAAGAGGAGCGUGCGGCUCCGCAGCGCCCCGCAGGAGCUGCCUCCCAACCCCAAGCGCUUCGAUUACUCCUUCAGCGUGCUGGCAGCCGAGGGGUUCGUGGCUGGGAGGCACUACUGGGAGGUGGAGGUGGGCGAUGGGGAGAGCUGGGUGCUGGGGGCGGCGCGCGAGUCCGUGCGCAGGAAGGAGAAGAUCGACUUCGCCCCCGAGGAGGGGAUCUGGGCGGUGGGGUUGAACUGGAAGGGGAAGAACUGGGAUCAGUACCAGGCUUUCACCUCCCCAGAGACGCCCCUGUCCCUGUGUGAGAGGCCCAGGAAGAUCGGGGUCUACCUGGACUAUGAGGGCGGGUGGGUGGCGUUCUACAACGCCGACAACAUGGCUCCGAUCUUCACCUUCACCGCCGCCUUCACCGAGAAGAUCUUCCCCUUCUUCUGGCUCUUCUAUGUGGGCUCCUCCCUCUCCCUCUGCAAUUGAGGCUCCAGGUUCUGUACCCCCCCCCAGGUGACCUGCAAGUAGGGUCCUGUCCCUUUCCCUGCCCU